GGUCCGAAUGACCAGCAGUAUCUUGUCGUACUAGCCGCAGCACUGAAGGUGGGGUAUGUGCCACUGUUCGUAUCGCCGCGAAACUCCCCCGAAGGCCAGGAAUCGAUUCUCAAGGAGACAGAGUGUACACUUUUUUUGAGCACGCCGGACAGACACCGGUGUUUUGGAGACAUUCAAAAGGUUGCUCCCAACACGCACAUUAUUGAAGUGCCACCCUUGCUAGAUCUGCUCUACCCGAGCCAUGCACCGCCCCACUAUGAUGGACGACACCGCCGCGACAGGGCAGCCAACAGCCUGAUUCUCCACACUUCUGGUUCGACUGGCCUUCCCAAGGCCGUUCGUCUGACCGUAGGUGGCCUGAACUCCGUAUACGAGCAAGCAAACCUGGGUCGAGAGCAAGGCCGUCAGAGCACCAUGAAGCUUUUUCUUGCAGACAAAAGGCCGAUGCUCGCUGCCGUGCCCUUCUUCCACGCAAUGGGCAUCGUGGUAGGGCUGCGAUCGCUGAUGUGUAGGAGUUCGAUCGCCACCCUCCCAUCAGGAAGGCUGUGGAACGCCGGUCUAGUCAUCGGUGCAAUUGCAGCCAUUAAACCAGCUACAGGUGUCUUUCCUCCAUCGAUCCUUGAAGACCUGUCUGGCACAGAUGCAGGUUUCCAAGCACUCAGCACACUAGAUACGGUCUUCUUCGGCGGUGCGCCUCUGGCUAACGCAAGCGGUGAGAAGCUUUGUCGAGUAACAAAGCUUCAAACCAUCAUUGGCAGUACCGAAGCUUUACUCAUACCCAGUCUCGACACAACAGCACCAGACGAAUGGGGCUAUUUUCACUGGAGCGAUGCCGCCGGUGCGGUCAUGGAGUCGGCAGAGAAUGAGCUGUACGAGCUCGUUCUCGAACGGAGGGAUACCAGAUAUCAAGCUGUCUUCCACACCCUUCCCGAAGAAGAGAAAUGGCUGACCAAAGAUCUUUUCCGACAGCAUCCCACUAAGCCAUCAUUAUGGAAGUACAGCGGUAGACGAGACAACACCAUUGUGCUCAGUAAUGGCGAAAAGGUCAAUCCUGUGUCGAUGGAGAAGUGCAUCGAAUCCCAUGCUUGCGUAAAGGGCGCAAUUGUCGUCGGCCAAGGCAAAUUCCAGACUGGACUGCUCAUCGAGCCGGAGCGAGACGGGGCUGGCAUGAUAGACUCGGCUACGUUGGUGGAACAUAUAUGGCCGACAGUAGAACAAGCCAACAGGGAAGCACCUGCCCAUGCACGCAUCUACCAGAAUAAGAUUGCUGUCACGGAGAGGGAAAAGUCGUUCGAGCGCACGCCCAAGGGCUCGGUCAUCCGGCUCCAAACGGUCGCCAUGUUUCACAACGAGAUCGCCGUGUUGUACAACGACGAGAAGUUUGCUAGGGAGUCCAGUCUAGAGUCUGGCGCCAAUGUGGACCUCAGGAGUACAACUAUAGAGCCUUUAUUUCUAAACUAA